GCUUUGAAUUUACCGAACUCGAACAUCAUAAAGAUAUAGCUGUCACUUUAAUGUGUUGCUAAUGUAUUGGGUGCGUCGUACGUAACAAAGUUCCUUUGAUUUGUUUUUGGUUUUUGUUUCUGUUUUCACACUCAUUGUCAGCGAGGCAGGUUGGUGCAGUUCUUCUCCGUCAUUUUACAGCAACAUAUUAUCGUUGUGUUGAUCGUGUAAAAGUGUCGGAAGACCUUACUUUUAUCGCCACCCCUAAAAAAACAACUAAACAAAAUAAUUGAGAGUGCGUGCCCCCGGGGUUAGCCGUAUACCAUUUCCCUCUUUCUCCAGCAGGAGGCUCUUCUGUGCCCGCCGUUUCUCUUGCAGCCAUGAGCAAGGCGGAGGAGGCUGCUGCCGGCCGGGAGGAUGCGAAGAUGGCAUCCUGCGCGGCGGUGGACUGCACCGAGAUGGGCGACUGGAAACAAAACAACAUGACGGAUGAUCCGGAGGCGUCGCUAACACCCACGCUGGUAGGCCCCGCCAUUCACUGUCGGGAUGUUUGCCGCUCGUAUGGAAAACUGCAAGUUCUCAACAACCUCAACCUCACCGUGCCACAGGGACAAAUCUACGGCCUCCUGGGCCCCAGCGGCUGCGGCAAGACCACCAUGCUGAAAUGCAUCGUGGGAACUCUGAGCAUCUCUCGGGGUUACAUCGGUGUGCUGGGAAAGCCGCCGGCAUUCCCUGGCCACGGCGUGCCGGGCAGGAUGGUGGGAUAUAUGCCCCAAGAGCUGGCCUUGUACAACGAGUUCACCAUCGGCAACACGCUCACCUUCUACGGACGAAUCCAUGGGCUGAAGUCGAGGGAAACCCAGGACCGCAUCAACGAGCUCAUUGAGUUAUUGGAUCUGCCGCAGAAGGACCGUGUGGUUCGCAAUCUCAGUGGCGGCCAGAAGCGAAGGGUUUCUCUGGCGGCGGCGCUGCUCCAGAAGCCCAAGCUGCUCAUCCUUGAUGAACCCACAGUGGGCGUGGACCCAGUGCUCAGGAAAAAGAUUUGGAAGCAUCUGGUGGACAUCGUCAAAACGGGGAAAAUGUCGGUCAUCAUCACCACCCACUACAUCGAGGAAGCCGGACAAGCCAAUGUGGUUGGCCUGAUGAGGAACGGCCGCUUGCUGGCUGAAGGAACUCCAGAAGCAGUCAUGAAGCAGCAAGGCUCCACCACUUUGGAGCACGCCUUUCUGCAGCUGUGCGAAACCUCAGACCAGACGUGUGUUAAGCGGAGCUCCGGUUCCCAAGACGAUGGGUUGGGGAAAAGCCAGUCGUUCGAGAGCGGGCGGGACGAGAGCCGACCCAUUCUUGCCAACGUAGCCAAAGCCACCGAGGAAGUCGUCAGCCAUACAGUGGACUGGAAGGUGCGACUCAGACACGUGUUUCCCAAGUUGAGGAACAUUGGCGCCCUCACAAUCAAAAACCUGCUGCGGAUGAGGAGGAUGCCGGGCUCCUUGUGUUUCCAGUUCCUGCUGCCCGUCAUCCAGAUGUCUCUCAUCUGUUUGUGCGUCGGAGGAGACCCAAAGGGAAUCCAAGUUGCCGUGGUCAACAAUGACACCUCCCCACUCGCUUUCGGUCACUCGCUGCUCUCCUUUUUGGACAACAACAGUGUGGAGCAGGUCAGCUUGUCUCAUGCGGAGGCUUUCGAAGGGAUCUAUGAUGGAAAGUACUGGGGCAUCAUUGGCUUUCGCAAGGACUUCAGCCGUUCCCUAAUGAAUAGGAUGUUCAUGAAGAACGUGUCCAGGGAGGUGAUGGAUGCAGGUUCAGUGCACGUCUGGCUGGACCAGACCAACCACCAAAUUGCCUUGAUGCUGCAGCAAAAAUUGUACGAGGCCUUUCAGGCUUUUGUGGAGAGCAAGCUGGGCAGCAUGGCCUACAUGUAUUCCUUGCCCAUAAAGUUUGAAGAGGCCAUUUAUGGCAGCCACAACGCAGACUUUACGACAUUUGUGAUGCCGGGCGCUGUUCUCAGCAUUGCCUUCUACUUGGCCUUGGGACUGACCGCCCUCUCUUUUGUCCUGGAGAAGAAAGAGGGUCUUCUGGACCGCUGCUGGGUUGCAGGUGUGAGCUCGCUGGAGACGAUGCUGGCUCACCUUUUCUCCCAGCUGCUCAUCAUCAGCGUUCAGAUCAUCCUCAUGCUGCUCUUUGUCCUGCUCGUCUUCAAGAUGCCAAAUGAAGGCUCCCUGGUUUUGAUCGUGUUGCUGAUCGUGCUGCAGGGCAUCACCGGCAUCUCCUUUGGCCUCGUCAUCUCCGCCGCCAUCGACGACGAGCAAAACGCUAACCAGGCCGCGCUCGGACUCUUCUACCCCAACCUCAUCCUGAGCGGUAUCAUCUGGCCCGUGGAGUGUAUCCCCUACCCUCUACGCUACCUCAGCCUGGCCCUACCUCAGACCUAUGCCUCCGAAGCACUGAGAUGCAUCAUGUACAGAGGUUGGGAUCUGACUUACAUGAUGGUUUGGCGAGGCUUUGUUGUCACUCUGGCCUGGAACACGUUCUUCAUCAUCGUGGCAACCCUCAUCUUGAAAAUCAGAAAGUGAACACCUAUUACACACUCACACACACAUAAAGAAUGGCUGGAUGUGCUGCACAUGGAAAAGGACGAUGUACUGUAUGUAGGUGCUUUUACUGUACAUGAGGGCUGCGUAAAGUAUGGCCGCCAUCAUUUGUUGUUCCAGCCCCUAUGAGUAUUUAAAUGAUCCAAAGUCCUGGAAUGUUGUUGUAUUCACUUACUUGGGUGUUAUUUUAUAAAACUGUAUUUAUUCAUAUUUCCCUAUGUUCUUUUAGCCAUUCAUCUGAUUAAAAAAAAAGGCUUAAUUCAUUUAUUGUAAAAUAUAUGGCUGGGCGGAAUCCAAUUCCAAACUCACUGCUAUUCAGAAAACACUCCAUCAUCAAUUCACCCCAAAAAAACAACAACACAAAAUAAUAUUGCUGUCAUCGAGUUAAAAAAUAUGGACACAUUUAGUAAUGUAUAUUCAAAUAUAUCUAACCUAAGGAUUUUCUGUCCUUAGUCUUUAAAACGUCAACGACAAAACGCUACACAGCUCUUGCCAAGAUUUGAUUAAAUUAUUGAUAAUAUGGAUUAAUUUUUGAAAGCGAGGAUGUUGUCAUGUUGCGUGGUGGACCCCAAAAAUCAGGCAGGAGGGAGGAGCAGGGUGUACUUGAAGAAGUGUAUUGAUAAAACACAGAGAAAACAAAAUCCAAAAACAAUCAUAGUCCAAAGUAGCAAACAAAAAUAGCAACUGAAGCUAAAACAGAACCGUGACCAAAACAUGACCGAAACAAACCUGACAGCAGCAAAGAAACAGAAAACAAACGAACAUGACAGUAGCAAACAGCAACAAUGACCAACAGGUGUGCAGCUGCAGGGGGAGCCCUACAGUGCCACCUGCUGGUCCCAAACCGAAUCAUGACAGUACCCCUCCCUCAAGGUCCCAAAGUUGUCCAGAAGGCUUGCCUUGCCGGGGAACGGGAACUGAAAGCGACGGCGACCUUCGCCUCGUCAGAGAACAGGAACAAAAGCGACGGCAAUCCUUUGGCUGGGCGUGGCCUGACGUGGACGGAGCUCGACGUAACGGGGGACAUGGGACAGCCGGACGUGAACGGGGGCUCGGCCUGACGUGGGCGUGUACGUGGCACGGCUCGUCGUCGACGUGAAUGUGACUCAGCUCGAACAGAGUCGUGACGAGCCUCGGCUCAACGUAGAUGCGGACGGGGCUCGGCCCACCAUAGACGUGGCUUGACGAGACGAAAACGGGACAGCCGCAUCACCAGCGCUGCCUGAAAGGGAAAAGGGUGUCGGCCGCAGACGCGCUCCGUCAGGCACAUGGUAGAAGAGGGACCAGUCCUUAUUACCUGCGGGGUCCAGGUCAUUCUGUCAAGUUUGCGAGGUGGUGGUGGACCCCAAAAAAAGCAUUGUAUUGAUAAAACACACAGAAAACUAAAUCCAAAACAAAGUCACGAAAACAAAACAAAUCCAAAGUAACAAAGCGCUUAACAAAACAGUUCACAUCAAUAACAAAAACAUGACUGAAACAAACAUGACCGUAGCAUACCAACAGCCACAAACAAACAUGACAGCAGCAAAAUCAUAAAUAUUAUUAUUUAUUAUAUAUUAAUAAAAAUAUUAUUAAAAUAAUCAUUGUUGUACAUUCACAUUGUAUUUCUAUUUGGUCAAUAAGACACAAUCACCAAAUCAAAAUGUGACUGAAUUCUUAUUUUAGGAUGAAAAUGAACUAUUUUAUAAAUCGUGCAUAUAUCUUUCAACUUAUCCAUUCAAUAAUGUUCUCCAUGCAUCUUGUGAUUGCCCCCCCCCCCCAAUCAUGGUGCAUAGAGGCAACCUAGGCAGUCCAAAGUGGAAGAAUGUAUGCUGACGAUACAUGUGGGACAUAAGUUUAUGAUCAUGCAGUAUUUUCAUCAAGUGAACUGAUGUAAAAUUGUAACGUCAUAUUUUGAUGUUGUUGUUUUUUUUGUUUUGUUUUUUUCACACAAAUGUAUUGCUUUUAUUGCUGUCGUUCCACUUUGCCGGACAGAGUGGAUGCGAUUUGUGGGUCAGCUGACCACAUCUGGGCCUGUGACAUCAUAUCUUGAACAUGCAAACGUCCAUCACGCUUGGUGUUGUUUGUAUGAUGGAUUGUUUACUCCAAUGACAAUAAAAUAAAA